CAUAUCUGGAUUCAGGAAACGGCGCCUGCACCUCUAUUGUACAUGUUGAAGAACCUCACGGAUGUUGGAUAAAAACUAAUGAAUCACAGAAUGCACUAAUAAAAUUGGAGACAGCUUAUUUGCGGGAUGUUCUUCAACCGUUACUGUUCUUCAUGGGAACCCACAAGGAUUCGGCUACUUUACCUUUAGUGAUGACAAAGGCCACAAUCAUAGAUUUUUAA